UUUAUGUUCUUCCCCAAACGCCACUCCUCCCCAGACCUCUCUCUGUCUAUCUGAACUGGUGACUUCAGUAUGGUGGGAGCGACUCGAACUCGAGCCGUCUAUAGCUUGACAGACGUCACCCCUGCCCGGACAAUUUGGGUGUACCGUAACGGCGACCCCUUCUAUUUGGGAAGGAAGUUUGUGAUCAACCACCGCUAUGUGCCUAACUUUGAAGCCUUCAUGAUACAACUCAAUGAAGGCGUGGCGACACCCUUUGGGGUGCGGAACCUGUACACACCCCGCCAAGGGCAUUCGGUUAUGGACCUGACCGACAUUGAGCAAGGAGGCAGAUACGUGGCUGCCGGCAGGGAAAGGUUUAGGAAACUGAAUUAUUUUGGUAUAGGGGCAAAGAAACCUCAAAGAAAGAAGAGGGAUGAGGUGAUUCGACCCGUGGUCCACAGUAAUAUAAAAGUACCUUCCAAAUGGCAAUCAAACUAUAAUAAGCCACUAAAUAUAAGUGUUUUCACAAACGGAGACAUUUUGAUACCGCCUGUGAAAAUUCUCCUUCCCAAGUUCACGCUGAAAAGUUGGAAUGGUGUCCUUGGAUUGAUAAAUGAAAAAGUAUCUUCUCGGUCUGGGGGUAUCCAUAGACUGUUUACAUUAAAUGGCCAGGCUGUACAUGGGUCUGAUGAGCUAGAACAUAACCAUUUUUACGUUGCAUGCGGCAAAGAAAAAUUUCAGCCUUUGCCGUACUGGCAGCAUCCUAGAGUUCCAGAAGAUAUUCGGCGGUAUUAUUCUAACACACCUGGACCUAUAGAAAGGCCCCCUCCGAAAAAGCCUCCUACAGAACGAGCAAAACGGGGAGCCAGCCUGCAGCCUGCCAUACCACCAUCAAAACGAGGAGCCGGAGAUAGGGCUUCAGUUUAUUAUGCAGAACCCAAGAAGGCAAGUCGUGACGCUGAGGCUAAUAAGCACCUGACUUCUGAUGAUGGACGCGGGGUCUAUAAAGCUCGUACACCCCCAAAAGAAAUUAAAGAGGCUCAGCAAAUACAAGAAGAUAAAAAUUUGCAAGUGGAAAUACCUGUUGACCAGGCUCCUGCUGAGGUGGUCCAUGAUGAAGACAUUUAUGCAAAUUGGAGUACAGAAGAAGAGGCUGAAGAAUAUUAUCAAGACGUGAAACCUGAGAAAAAGGAAAGAAAGGGUGUUUUCAAAAAAAUGUUUGGAUUCUUCUUCAGAUCAAAGAAGAGAGGUGAGGACACUUCAUUAGCUGGAAGUGCUGAGUCUGUGGUAGGAACUGUCAGCCACACAAGUAUUCUCUGUGGCACCACUCAACCACCCCCUGUAGCUGAAGUGCCACAGAGUCCCUCCACAAGAAUAGACAGUAAAGAAAAUGAGGGAGAUAAAGACAGCAUUGGUUCCUCAGAAAUGGAGGGACAAGACGCACCAGCACAACUUGUACCUGAGAGAGAGAUGCAGGAAGAAGACGAACCACCACACCUUGUAACCAAUGAGAAGACAGGACAUAGUGAUCAGCCAGAGGACCAAGCGGACUCUGUCAACAUGCCAGAACAACAGCUGAUGAAGAACGAUGCAACUGGAGAUGUGAAAGUCAUCAGCCAGGAUGAUACAAAUGAAGAAGCAAAUGAAGAUUCGAGAAAAUUAGAUAUAAAGAAACCAUCUUACGAUAAGAAAAACGAAUAUUUCGAUGCAUAUGAUUACAACUGAGGGGGCUAUUUUGAACAUCUUGCCAUCUGUUACAAAGGAUUUUAAUGUUGGAGCUCAUGAAACAUCUUGCUUAUCACUGGAGGUACCAUCACUAUCAUUUAAAUAUAUUUAAAGAGUGCCAUCUUUCCAGCACAAAUAGAAAUGUAAACUUUAA